CUUCAGCGGCUCAGCCCCACCCUUUCAGCCACCAAACCCCAUCCAUCCCCUCCAAUCACCAAUGAGCCCAGAGAUCCAACUCCAAGGUCCCAGAAGCCCGGGCGAGGGAGGAGGCGGCGGAGGUGGUGGUGGAAGUGGCGGCUCUCAACCUAAUAAUAAAUCGACACGGCCCAUGGGAUCCUCAGGCACCCUCCAAGAAUCCAUCCUCCCAAAACCCAAUCCAUCGAGCCCCAACAAGCUGACACUCAUCCCCCUCAUCUUCGUCAUCUACUUCGAGGUCGCCGGCGGCCCAUACGGCGCGGAGCCGGCCGUCGAGGCAGGGGGGGCCCUCCUCGCCCUCCUCGGCUUCCUCAUCUUCCCCUUCAUCUGGAGCAUCCCGGAGUCGCUCGUGACGGCGGAACUGGCCACCGCCAUCCCGGGCAACGGCGGCUUCGUCCUCUGGGCGGACCGCGCCUUCGGUCGCUUCCCUGGCUUCAUGAUGGGAAGCUGGAAGUUCCUCAGCGGCGUCAUCAACAGCGCCGCCUUCCCAGUCCUCUGCGCCGACUACCUUGCCCGCGCCGCCCCGGUGCUCGGCGACGGCGUCCCCCGCGACGCCACCGUCACCGGGAUGAACCUCCUGCUCUCUUUCGUCAACUACACGGGCCUGACCAUAGUCGGGUACACGGCGGUGGCGCUGGGGGUGGCAUCGCUGAUGCCAUUCGUGCUGAUAUCGGCGAUCGCCGUGCCGAAGCUCCGGCCGAGGCGGUGGCUGGAGGGUGGGAAGAGCAGGGACUGGAGGCUGUUCUUCAAUACGCUGUUCUGGAAUCUCAACUUCUGGGACAGCGCGAGCACGAUGGCGGGGGAGGUGGAGAGGCCGGAGAGGACGUUCCCGAGGGCGCUGCUGGCGGCGGGGCUGAUGACGUCACUGGGAUACCUGCUGCCGCUGAUGGCGGCCAUCGGGGCGAUCGAUGCUCCGCAGGACGCGUGGGGGGACGGCUACUUCGCCGACGCCGCAGGCAUUAUUGCUGGAAAGUGGCUCAAGUAUUGGACGGAGGUGGGAGCGGUGUUGUCAGCGAUUGGGCUCUAUGAAGCUCAACUGAGUAGCUGCGCAUUUCAGCUGCUGGGGAUGGCUGAGCUUGGCUUGCUGCCUCGCGCCUUCGCCUACAGGGCCAAGUGGUUCAAAACCCCCUGGCUGGGGAUCCUGACAUCGAGCCUCAUCACCCUCGCCAUUUCCUUCAUGAACUUCGAUGACAUAAUCUCGUCUGCAAACUUCCUUUAUAGCCUUGGGAUGCUCUUGGAGUUUGCUGCAUUCCUGUGGCUAAGAAGGAAGGACCCCAACCUUCAGCGGCCUUACCGCGUGCCCAUGAGGCUCCCAGGCCUGGUGCUCUUGUGCUUGGUUCCCUCAGCAUUCCUGCUCUUUGUGAUGGCCAUUGCAACCUGGAAGGUGUUUGUGAUCAGCGCUGGGCUGACAGUGUUAGCUGUUGGAGUUUAUUUUGUACUGGGAUUUUGUAGGAAUAGAGGAUGCCUGAAAUUUAACAAUGGGGAAGAGAUGGGUGAGGAGAAGAGACAAAAUGAGGAAAGAGAUGAGGUGUGAGGGUUGGGGCUUGUAAAAUUGUGAAGGACAAAAUCAAGCCCUGAAUAUAUUGCAAGGAUACUGAAUCCUCUAUAACACCCAAAUCGUAGGAAUGUAAUAUUGCGUGAUUUAUAAUUUUAUAAUCAUUUUUAUGUUUA